UUCUCAAGUGUAUAACAAUCCCUCAUGUCACCUUGACCCUUUAAUAUUUUCAUAUAAUAUCAUCAGAUUCUGUAAGAUUCAAGAAGUUAAAUUAAAGAGAGAGAAGAUGGCAAAUUUUGUACUGCAACUUCCAAAUAACUUGCGUUUGCGAAGCUUCACUGUCUCAUCCUCAUCUAACGGGUCUACUCCUGGUGUGCCUCAAUCUGUGGGGCCAGUCAUUCUUGAACUUCCCCUUGACAAAAUCCGAAGGCCACUCAUGCGUACCAGAUCUAAUGACCAGCAAAAAGUGAAGGAACUGAUGGAUAGUAUCAAGGAAAUCGGGCUUCAAGUACCUAUUGAUGUGCUUGAGGUGGAUGGGGUUUACUACGGGUUUUCUGGUUGUCAUCGCUACGAAGCUCAUCAGCAACUUGGCCUUCCAACUAUUCGUUGCAAAGUUCGUCGAGGAACAAAAGAAACUUUGAGGCACCAUCUUCGAUAAGAUCCUGCUAAAUCACUCUAAACGGUAGACGCAUGAUAAUGGAUCGUCCUCCAAUAUUGAUGAUGUGUGUUUAAUGUAGAUGUAUACAAGAUUUGCCAAUGUUUGAGGUGUUCAGUACGUAAAAACUUUGGACUUUGUACAUUAACUUGGUUAAUGCAAAAGAAGAUAGUAAUAAUUAAUGGCUUUAAAAAUUGUUAUACA